AUGCUGGAGCUCCAGCUUGCAGCAUUCAACUUGGACCAUCAUCAGUUAUCACAAUGGAAAGCCGUUGAAUCUACACAUGAGUUUCGACACAAAGUUAGCAUAGUUGACCACCAUGACCAACCGCUCUUAAAUUUGAGCGACAUUAUCAGUGAACCUAAUCCAUUAUUUUCCAUGUCGUCCUCGAUUGUGGCUCUGUCGCCAGUUGCCAACCACACGCAAGCGCUAGCUUAUUAUCCCAUGGCACUGUCACCACGAGCAGAUGCUGACACCGUGAGUCUGCCUCAGGAUACGGUCAUACCCCUGGGCGAUGAUAUCGUAGCGGAUUUAUAA